AUGCCAGGAAGUAUGAUAAUAAUUUGUUCACAUUUGGUGUUUGUUAUUUAAUUUUAAUUGUUUGAUUAGAAUGAGACAGUGACAUUAUUCUAUUUUAUAGAAUGUGACAAUGAUAAUCAUUCAACAUAUUGAAUAAUUUAUUUUGUUUUUUAUUUAUUUAGGUAACUAUUUAACUUUUAUAAUUUCUAAAAAUAGUAAAUAUAAUAAUUAAAUUAUAUGAAUAUAAAAUAUCAUUAGUUAAUUUAAAAUGAUUAAACAAUAAUAUUUUUGUUAAUUUUAUUAGCUGUAUAAAUUUUUUGUAAUUUUUAUACUUCACCAAAAUGAUUGAAGGCAUUGUACUAUUAUUCAAAAAGCAGACAUUUAUCUAAUAAAUAUUAAUAAAUUUAAAUUGUUUCAAAUGAAAUCAAACCUAAAUGUAAUCCAACAAAUAAAUACAUUAGUAUGUUUACACGAAAAUAAUAAAUUCUUAAUAUUGUAUGAAUGUACAUUUAUUUACUUUAAAAUUACUUUGCUGUUAUACCAAUUAUAAUACCUAUGUCAUAUAUGUUAAAUAAGAUCUAAUUCUUAAAAGUCAUCAGACAUAUAAAAAGUUAAAUUAAAUGUUUUCUAAAUAAUAACAACUAUAGGUAGGUAGUUUAACUUAUUUAAAUUGAAAAUGCAUACAAUUUUUAAGCAAGAAAGAAACUAUAUUUUAAUAUCAAACUAUAUUGGUUGUAAAGAUUAAAAAGUGUUCAUUCUGUAUACUGUAUACCUAAUUUUAUAUAUUAAACUUUUUUUUUUCUUUGUUAAAAUAUUUGAAGAGCUCUGUUUAUUACAAUGUGAUUGUCUGUUUUAGAUGAUAAUAUGAUACCAAUUCCCAAUAACACAGAUGUUGUGUGUUACUAUGUAACAAAACACUCGUGGAGGGGCAAGUAUGUUACAAUAAUACUAUGAUUUUUAUUUAAUCUAUUUAAAAUGGUUUAUAUUUUACAGAUAUAAAAGAAUAUUUAGUGUUGGUACUCAUGGCGUUACGACAUACAACCCAAAUAGUUUGGAAGUGACCAAUCGAUAUGUAUACAACCAAAUAAUAUCUAUACAAGUAGAUCCACAGAAUGCUGGUGGUUUUGUGUUAUCUGUUCGGGAUAAGAGCAAACUUGACAAAUUUAGAUUUUCUACUGAUUUUCGUUCAAAUUUAUUAACUGAUGCUCUUAAAUAUAGACAUCAAUUCGCUGAACGUGGCCAGGAGGAAAUAUAUGUAAUACAUUUUUUAUUUAUUUAUUGUUUAAAAACUCUUAUCUAUUUAUUAUUGAAUAUUUUAGAAUUAUGCAGCUUUAAAGUAUCAUUGGUCAGAUACUCGGCUCCCAGUCACUAUAAAUGUCACUCCUAUUUCAAUUGAUCAAUUAGAUACUGCAACUGCUCAAGUUCUUGCUAGUUAUCGAUACAAGGAUAUAGAAGCCAUACAAAAUAUUGAAGAUUUGCCUGGUGGUUUUGUUAUUAUUUCACGGCCUUAUGGAAGAAUGGUAAAAAUAAUAAAAUUUUAAUUUUAAUAAUAAAUAAAAACUAAUAAUUAAUAAUUUCUUUAGCAUUUAUUUAUCAGCUCUAAUCGAGAAGAAAUAUUUCAAAAAGUCAAAGAAAGAGCCAUGAUAUACUUACAAAUACCUAUAGAAUUUUUUCGACACAAUAUUACACAUGAUGAUUUCUUGACCAAACGACUAGGGCGAUAUAGUUCAGAUGAACAUGUAACAUCUGUUUGUGAAUUUCAAGUAAAAAAAAUUGGUGUUCCUAGACACCAAGAAUGUCCACAACGGAGAUUACUUUGCUUGAGUGAAGUAUGUUUACUGGAGAGAGAUCCUCAAACAUAUACAGUAGUUACAUUAAGACCAUUGUCAUCUGUGUUUGCUUUAAUACGAGACCCAGUUGAUGCACAACAAUUCUGUAUCGAGUAUGCAGAUUCUUCAUGCCGUUCAUACACUGCUACAAAUAGGUACCUAUUUGUUAAAUUCAUGUGUACAAAAUGUACAUAUUUAUAAAUAAUAUUUAAUUUUUAGGGAUUCUCUUCUAGCCACUCUAUUAGAUAGUGUAAGAUCAUCUGGAAAUCAUCAUAUUCAUGUAAAACUUUCUCCAACUCCUCGAGAUAAAAGACUCAUACCAUUUAAUGUAUCGCCAGAUCAAGAAGUAAGAAAACUAUACAGUUAUAUUAUAAAACUUUAUUUCAUAUUGGUGUCAUGUAAUUUGUCCAAAAAUUUAUGUUUGGAUAAUAUAUUAUUAUAUUUUAAUUUUGAAAAAAUAUUGUUUAUUUUUUUUAUUUUGAUGGAAAUGAUUUCUGUGAUUUACCAUUGGGAUGGACAAAAAUCUAUACAUAUUCACUAAACAAUAUUGGUUGUAUCAUCAAUUGUGAUAUGUUUAUUGUUUCUAAAUUAUCAACAGAAAAUAUUGAUAAUUUAAUAUAUCAAAUUUGAUACAUGUUUUGGUUAUAUUACUUUAAGAGUUAGCAAAAAGUUUUAUUUCAGAAGUAUUCACUUGCCAUAUUCCCAGUAAGAAUAUCAUUAACUCAUAAAGAAUAUUUGACUGUUAUGAGAUUCAAAGUUAAAAUAAGAAAAUGAAAAUAUUUUUAACAUAGCAGUCUUCAAAAUUAUUUUAUUUGUACAAUAUUAUAAAUUAAACAAUACUAAGUCAAGUUGACUUAGUAUUAAGACAAUUAUUGAUUGCUUUUAAUCAAUUAUAGGUUUUUGGAAGAAGUGGCAGUUUGAUGCCGAAUUUUUGGGUCAAUUGUCCCAUCUAUAAAUUGGGAUGAGUGAUUAGGAAAAAAAAGUUAUGAAGUUAUGUUACAUAGUUUAUACUCCAAGUCUUGACGUAUAGAGUAUUAUUUUACCUAUAUUGAAUAUAAUGUUUAAAGUGUGCUUUGAUGUGUAAUCAUAUUUUAAGCAUUGAGAAGUUAUUAAUAGUUGAUAAUAAACCAAAUUAUAAAUAAAAUCAAUAGAUUUAUAGAUUCUAAUGGCAAAUGUGUUUUUUUUGUAUUUAUAAAUAACUGUUAUGAAACUAGGGUGUACUAAAUUCCUUUCAAAAUAUAGAAUUCUAGUUGUACCUAGAUGUGUGGGUGAAGUUUCAAAUGUGUUAUUUUAAUACAAAUUGGUGAGUGUGGUAUGGAGGUAUAGAUCAAACAAAUAUAUUGCUUUCCCAUUCAUAAAAAUAGUUUGUGCUGCCACUGGUGGUUAGAGGUAUAAUCUCUUAACAGUUAACUCUUGUUAUUGCGGUAUUUAAUACUUUCUAAACUAAUCAUAGUAUCAUGUUCUUCCCAUAAAUUUAUUUUAUUUUUUUAGUCAGCAUAUUUCCCUCCUAACAUUUUCAAAUCUAGAUUUGUGUUCAUUAACUUUUUUCUUUCAUCAAUUAAAUUGAAUUGAUGCAGCAACAGGACAUUGAAAAUUACAUUUUUAGAUUCUGAGUGGAGCGAAAAAGAUUAUGGUUUUACAAAGAUGUUUAUUUUUUUUUUUUAUUUAUGUGCAACUUUACUACCAGAAGACUUGAUUUGAUUUUUAUGUGUAGCACCAUUUCUGAAAGGAAAUUGGCAUGGGGAGGUACUUUAAGGAUUUUAUAUUUUUCGAUUUGUUCAUCAAAUGCGAAAACCGAAAAAAAAAACAGGAAAAUUUACAAUUUAUUUUUCUGUGGACAACUUUUCUUCAACUUUUAAUGAUAGCAAUGUUUCUGAAAAUAAAUUUUACUAUGGAGGUACUUUAGAGAGAUAAUUUUUUUUCGAUUUUCUUAAGAGUUUUCCCAGCAAAUGUGAAAAAACUGAAAUAAAACAUGAGAAAAUCGAUACAACAUUAAACAUAUAUUAUUAAAGAAAAUAUAUAAAGCCUAUUUAAUUAUUUUACUUUGCAAAUCAUCACUAUCAACUGUUCUCUGCUCAGAAUUGUUUUUUCGUAAGCAAUGGUUUAUUGUUGCUUACAGGUAUACAUUAAAUUAUUUAUAACAGUGGCAGCAUCCAUCCUCAUCCUAGGACAUCUUUUUUUAAACCUUAGAUCUAAAAUUAUACACUUGCAUAAUAGAACUUCUUUUUCUACAGUAUGCAAUCUUUGAAAGAAUUUAAUUUUUGUUAUAAAAUUGUAAAUUCCUAUACAGAAACAAUAAUAUUUACAUCUAAAGUUUUUUUUUAUUAAAGUUCAAAUUGUAAUAAUGUCACUUGAAGUAAUAAACUCUUCUCAUGAAAUUUUUAAAAAAGAACCAAAUCUAUUUUUUCUUACAAUUAAAUAAAUCAAUUCAACAUAUUAAAAGCUGAAUUAAACUAAGGGGGUUUUGUUUCUUUUUAAAUUUGGUCAUCAUUAGUACAAAACUAGUUGAAACUUUUUAAGCAAUUUAAAUUCUUUGAUACUUGAUUUAAUGUAAGUUAAAAUUAAUUUAAUACUAGCUAUAAUAGCUUUAAAAUUAACAGUAUCAUUUAAGACACUUAAGACUAUAAGAUUAAGCCGAUGAGUAAAGCAAUUAAUAAUUUCUUUGGUCCAAAUGUGACCUUACUACUUUAAUGAUAUUUAAUGUGUGAUCAGUGACUACAGCGUAAAUUGUAUAUAUGUGGUGUCUCUUGUCAAGUUUAAUAUUAUUAAAACUAUUAAAAGCAUUCUAAAAAUAUUUCAGAGUAAAUAAACUUCAGUUUUUAAGUUUCCAAACACAAAUUUGUUGGACAAUUUAUAUUUUUUACACUGAUUAUUCAAACGGUUUUACCUCCGUAUUGUAUAUAUGUUGUUUUAUUUUUAGAUUGAAUCAAAUCACUUAAAAUGUAUUAAAGAACCACCACCAAGAAAAUCAUUUGCUGAAGUUUUAGACAGAUUUAAUGCUAAUAUUGAAUAUAGUGGUUUAAUACAUUCUGUUUCUGAAGAUGUAAGUUAUAAUACUAUUAUAAAUAUAUAUUACAAAAAAAAAAAAUGUUAUAUUCAUUAUGCAUAUUAUUUUUAAUAAUUAUGUUUAAACAUAUUUAUUCAUAAUUUAUACUUGAUUAUAACAGAGUGUUAUAUUCUGUUUUGCAAUACAGGAUGAUUAUUUUUUUCAUAAGCCAUUCAUUAUCUCAAAAACUAUUAACUUUUUUCAGAAUCUUCUUUUUGGACAAUUUAAGGUACAUAUGUUUCUAAAAUGUUACAUUAACCUUUUUUGUUCAAGUUGUUUUUGGUAGAACCUCUAUCAACUAUUGAUUAGAAUUUUAAUCUGUAAAUAUAAAAUUACUUAAAAUAUUAUUUAUAUUAUAAUUAUAUUAUAUUUAUAAUUAUUAUUUCAUAAAUGUUUAUUGUUGCAAAUAUGUGUUAACAUUUUAAAAAGUAUGAAACAUUAUUUAACAAAAAUGAUGUGUGAAUGAAAUAAAUUCUAGAUUAUUCGUAAUAUUAAAAAAUAGGUUGUACAAAUUAGAAUUUGUUAUUUUCCUAUUUAAUAAGCUUUUUUUUCUUUAAUAAUCUUCUCUAUUAUGAUCCAUGAUUUAUAUUUUACUUUUACCUGUCCAGUGAACAAUAUUACCGGCAACUUGUUACGAUGUAUAAUAAGUAAUGUGUUUCAUUUUAUUUUUUAUUUUUUUUUUCUUAUGAUUUUAUAGAAACUUUUUACUGAAAACAAAGAAAAGUUAAUAGUUAAUGCUUUGACAUCAAUAAUUGCUCAUCAGGGUGAUCAGAAUGAAAUCACCGUUCAAGUAUUAGAGGCUCAAUUUCACGCUUUACGAAGAUUAUUUGCUACAAAAGCAGGAUUUUCUACUUUUAUCAUGUUACCAGAGUGUGUAAUUUAUUAUAUAUUAAUUUUUGUGUUCCAACUAUUAAAUAUUGUUUAUUUAACUGAUAUUGUCAUAUUUAUAAUUAUAAUUUAGACUUAAAGACAAACUAGGAAGAAAAGUAACUCGAGCAUUAAAACGUGAUCAUGAAGCUAUCACUCAUGCUGCUUUAGAUAUGAUAUGCACUCUGAUGCAGCCUAUGCAUCGUGACAGUGAUAUAAGACAAGAGCAGCUGAAUAAAUCAUCACUUUUGGCCACUCCUAGUUUUUUAGAAUCGUUACUUGAUAUGUGGGUUGAGCAUAUUGUAAGUAUUUGUUAUAAAAUCCUGAAAAAUUAAUAAUUUAAUAAUUUAAACUUAUUUAUUUUUGUUAAGAAACGUGGAACAGGUGCGUUAGUAGUAUCUGCUAUGUUGGAUAUACUUACUUUUGCGCUUUGUGUUCCUUAUAGUGAAACAACUGAUGGAACACAUUUUGAUACAUUAUUAGGAUUGGUGGCAAAACGGGGAAGAUAUUUAUUUCAACUAUUUCAGGUAAUUCUGUCUGUUUAAAAUAAUUAGGUUAAUUUUUUAAUAGAUGAUAAUUCUAUAUUUCAUACAUCAUGUUUUAAGUGGGUUUUAAAUGUUUGAACAAGACAAUAAUAUAAUUACAUAUUUAAAAAAUCUUAAUUUAACAAUCAAACAAUUUUUACAUAUUUAUGAAUUAAAAAUAGCUUAUAUUUUUUCUCUUUCUAGUUAACUGUUGUUAUGAUAGAAAAUUAUUUAAAAAAUGAAUUUAAUGAAUUAUAUUGUAAUUUUUAUUUUUUUAUUUAAAAAUAUUGGAAUAAUGGCUACUUUUUUAACAAAUGUUAAGGUAUAGUUUAUGGCAGCGCUUCCCAAACUUAUUUUUAGUGGCCUUAAAAUUUAAAUAUUAACUUAUAUGCAACCCAGUCAUACUUAUUCACCAAUACAAAUUAAAAACAAAAUAAAAAAAUACCGUUCUUCAUCAAUUUAAAUUAUAAAUAUUAGUUUAGUUUAUUUAUUUUUAACAUUUACAUAUAUACAAUUUGUCUUCAUUGUUUUAAUUCUCAUUAUUUAAUUGAAUAUAAAUUAAUCUUUAUCAAUAAGGUUGUAUAAAAUAUAACAUAUACUUUUAUAUAAAUUCAUAUUGUCGUAUAAUCCAAUGAUGCCAUAAUUUAUUUAAUAUAUACCAUACAACUAUUUAUUUGUAUUAGUCAUUUGAUAAUAAAAGUAAAAUCAUAUUUAAUUGUUGCCAUUAAAUUAAAUUAAAUAAAAACCAGUAAAAAUAAAUUGUAAUACAAUCAGUAUUUUCAAAAUAUUAUUUUGUAUGAUUAAAGUAAAUUAAAAAAAAAGAUAAAAAUAUGUCUUAUUUAUUUUUUUGCGACCCACCUUAAAAACAUCUGCGUGACCCAAAGUUUGGGAACUGCUGGUUUAUAUUGUACACAAAUAAAGGACUGGGGAAGAACGAUAAUAGUCAAUAUUCCUAAAAUGUUCAGUAUUGUAGUUUUAAAGUUUUAGAACUAUAUUAAAUCAUAUAUUCUAACCUUUGUUAUAUCACUGACUGUGAUCUUUAUGCCCCAACUUGAUUCGCAUAUCAAUUUGGUCAGAAACAAAUGACAAAAUGAUAAUAUAUUAAUUAUCCUAUUUAUUUUUGUUUUUUUACUGUUAUCAUUUUUCCCCAUAGUCCUUCAAAUGUUAUUGUCAUAUAUUAUAGUUUAUUUGAUAUAAUUAAGUUAUCUAAUAUGAUGCUACUGUACAUUUUUUAUUCACGAAUGAUUGACAUGGUAAUUGAAAUAUAAGUUAUAGGGGGAUGUUUGUUAUUUGAAACAUAAAAUAUACAAAUGUCAGUCUACUGGAUACUUUUAAAAUAUUCACUUUUGUGAGAUCUGUAAACAGAAUUAUUUUUUAUUAUUUUUUACCUAUUUCAUCAUUAAUUAAAUUUUAAAUGGAAUAAUAUCAAUGAAUAUUUUAAAUUAUAAAAGUUGUUUUACAGCAUCCAUCAUUAACUGUAGUAAAAGGUGCAGGAUUAGUUAUGAGAGCAAUAAUAGAAGAAGGUGAUGCUGAAAUAUCAGGACGAAUGCAAGAAUUGGCUUUAGCUGAAGCUGCAUUGCCUAGUCAUUUACUAACAGCAUUAUAUACUUGUGAUGAAAAUAGACGUAUGCUUGUACAUAGACAGCUUUCCAGGCAUUUAGUUGGAUUGUGGGUUACAAAUAAUACUAUUGCUAUGGACUUAUUAUCACGGCUGAUGGUAAAAUAGUUAUUAUGCUGUUUGAGAAUUUUAGUACAAUCAUAUUCAUAUUUUAUAUUUCUUAAUUAAGCCAUCAGGCUUACUAAGGUUUCUAGAAUCAAGCGAAUCCAUAGAAAUUAGUGACAAUGAAGACCAUUUGAUGACUAGAGAUAAUUUAAAACUUGCUCAAGAUCAUGCAGCUAAAAAUCAACGAAAUCCUCACUUAGUCGCUCUAGAAAGGAAAUUUCGCUCAUUGGAGAAGGAAGUUGAAAUAGCUUUAGGGCACUGGGGAGCAUCAUUGGGUUUAGAAAGAAAAGAAGAUAAAUUACAGGCCCGUCCAAUUGUAUUACGAAGACGUAGAGAACGAAUUAAAAGUCAUGCAAAUUGGAAACUGUUUUAUCAUAAAUUCAAUCAAAACCAUACAUCUCCCAGUUUAUUGUGGAAUCAUCAGGUAUUUUUUAAACUAUUUGAGUAUUAUUAAAUGUACUUUUUUUUUAAGUGAUAUAAAUAUGUUUUUAAAUUGUCUAAUAAAUUAAAGUUACAUAAAAUUAUAUUUAAACAUUUGAUCAAAAUAUUAUAAAUUCAAUUCAAUUUAUAAAUUAUCAUUAUGGAACAGAUUUGUAUGCACUUAAAAUCAAUAAAAAAAAGGCCUAAAAAAUAUUAAAAAGCAAUAAUUGUACAUAUUAUAAAAAAAAACAUACUUUACAUGAUGCGUGGGUCACUGUUAUAGGUGAGAAAUUGGGAAAGUAGAGUAAAGUAAAGGGAAUUUAAUGUUUAUCUGUACACAACGAUUAAUCAUAGCUAAUGAAUUUGGACAAAAAUACAAACUUGAAAAUAAAAGCAUUACUUGCGUACAUUUUUCUGUUUUUCCCAAUUAUUAUGACAGCUGCUUAGAAAAUUAAAAGACCUCCUUAAAGUACCAAGCGAAAAAAAAAUUAUUUCAGAAUAGGUACUACACUUGUGUUACAUCAGAACAAGAUUUUUGGUAGAAAAUUUGUUUACAUAUAAAUAUAUAAAAAUAAAAUAAAUAAACAUCAUUGUAAAACCAAUACAUUUCUUGCUUUGCUCAAAAUCUAAAAUGUGUACAAAUUUGAACAGAAUAUAAUUAUCAUACUUUUUGACAAAAUUUGUUCCAUUCAAAUAUAACCCUUCAUUUUAAAUUUUGAGUGAGGCAAUACAUAUAUUAAUUAUAUUAAUGCAUUUCUGUUUGAUCAUAAACUCAUAACCAAUACAUUCCUCAUUUCUCCAGAAUUUAAAAUGCAUAUAAUCAUAUGUUUUGUUUAAUUUUAUGAUAGACUCGAGAAGAACUUCAUGAUGCUUUGAAAAAAGAAAUCCAAGCGUUUAAUUCAGAUCGUCAACUCACUACAAAUAGUUUAAUUGCUUGGAAUCAUGAUGAAUUUGAAGUAUUAUAUCCCAGCUUACAAGAUGAAGUUUGUAUUGAUGGAUACUAUUUAAGAUUACUGUUAGAUGGAAGUGUAGAUUUUGCAAUAAAGAAUCCGUAAGAAAUAUUUUUAUAUAUUAUUUAUAUUUUAACAAUUCAAAUAAAAUUUAAUUUCUUUUUUCAGUUUUCGAUUUUUUUAUGAUCUAUAUCAUCGAUUUUUGUUAGCAUUAAAAAUAGAAAUGAAAUGUUUAUGUCUCCAAGCUAUGACUGUAAUUUAUGGACAAUAUUUUGAAGAAAUUGGACCAUUCACUGAUACAAAAUAUAUCUUAAUAAAAUUGGAAAAAGUAUGUAAAGUUUUGGCAUAAUACAUAUUAUUAUGGAAUAAUACCUAUAUGUAAUAUAAUAUUUCUAUACAUAAUAUUUAUUAUAUAAUCACUAAUAUUGAAAUUGGAUUAUGUAAAUAUUGUUUUGAAUUUUUAGACUGUUGAAAAAUUUGAAAGAGACAGGUUGCUUUUAUUCUUAAGUAAACUUAUACAAAAUAAACAAAACGUAAAAGAUAUAAUCGAAUCAAAAGGAGUAACUAUUCUUGUGGAUUUGCUAACAUUAGCCCAUUUGCACACUACAAGAGCUGUUGUUCCAACACAAACAAAUGUAAUUGAAGCUGGACAUGAUAUGUUACUGGACAAUGAAAAACAGUGGUAUUAUGGACUGGGAAAUGCUGAUAAGACAAAUGGUCCUAUUACUUUUCAAGAGGUAUACUUUAAAAAUUAAUUUAGUUUUAAAUAUUAAUAAUGGGUAUAAUUAUUUUGUAUUAGAUGAAAACUUUAUAUGAAGAAGGUGUUUUAAAACCUAUUUCUAAAUGUUGGACUCCAGGAUUGGAAGGAUGGAAACCUAUUUUUAAAUUAAGCCAGUUUAAAUGGACAGUAAUAGCUAAAGAUCAAGGUUAUAUGAAUGAAAGUGAUUUAGCUUCUCUGAUACUGUCUAUGUUGAUAAAAAUGUGUCAAUAUUAUCCAAGCAGGUAAUCAUUUAUUAAACUAGAAACCAUAAGUUUGCAAUACCAUUUUUUUUAAUUUUAACAUUUAACAUUAAUGUGGGUCAAAAAAAAAAUCUGUGUAAUGAAAAAUAUACAAUAUUUUUUGGUAAUCUAGCAAUCUAGUAUUAUUUUGUGAGCUAAAAACUAACAGAGUGACAUAUUCCCAAGUACACAUUUAAACCAUCUCGAUGUUCAACAUUUACAAAUACAAAAUUAUAUUUUGUGUUUUUCAUAUCAUAAGCCAUUACUUACACUUACUUGUUGAUAUAAAUAAAUAAACCUCAAGAUCAGGAUAUAAGAUUAGUAAUAUCUUUUAUGAUCUGCUAUAAGACAUAUUAUGAUCUAUUUUUCCCAAAAGGAAGAUUUUUUUUUUUUUUUUUUUUAAAUCUUAAUAAAUGUUUAUUAUGUAAUCAUUAUUUUUAAUUUUAUUCUUAUACAUUUUAUUUCAUCAAUGUGAGCUUGGACAAAAAUAAUCAUAAUAUAAUUUAGUGGUAAGUCCUUAUUAGUUUGAAUAAAUUAAAUUUUUUUUUCCUCUCCAGAGACAAUGAUGGAGCAAUUAUUUGGCCGAUUGCACGUAUACGAAGAUCUUUGACCGAUACUCUUCAUUUACCUCAUGUAGUCCAGCUUCUAUUGACUUUUGAUCCUAUUCUAGUGGAAAAAGUAGCCCAUCUAUUAUGUGAAAUUGCAUCUGAUAAUCCAAAUGCUGCCAAGUUAUUCAUGACUGGAGUAUUUUUCUUUUUACUCAUGUAUACAGGUUCAAAUAUCUUGCCAAUUGCUAAAUUUUUAAGACUUACACAUACCUGUCAAGCUUUUCGAAAUGAAGAAGUAAGAGUAUUUAUUAAAAAUAUAUUUUUUUAAUAUAUAAUAUGAUUUUGACUAGGUGCAAAGUGGAGAAUUGAUGCAAAGAAGUAUACUUGGGCCUUUACUUCCAGAGGCGAUGGUAUAUUAUUUGGAAAACCACGGGCCUGAAAAAUUUGCUCAAAUCUUUUUAGGAGAAUUUGAUACUCCAGAAGCUAUUUGGAAUGCUGAAAUGAGGCGCAUGUUGAUUGAGAAGAUUGCAUGUCAUAUUGCUGAUUUUACACCCAAACUUCGGGGCAACAAUAGAGCACACUACCAUUAUUGUGCUAUACCAGUAGUGCGCUAUCCACAGCUGCAAUCAGAAUUAUUUUGUAACAUAUUCUAUUUGCGGCAUUUAUGUGAUGUGCAAAGGUUUCCAGAUUGGCCCAUUAAUGAUCCGGUAAGGUUCUGCAUAUAAUAUAUACAUACAUCAGAGUUAGGUCAUAUUUUACAUAUAUUCAAUUUCUAGGUGCAUCUUGAUAUAGAUGUUUCUAGGUACAUUUUUGCCUAAGAUAAAUGUAUACAUUUUUUUUUUUUUUUUUAGAGAUGGGUCGACCUCAAUUUUUUGUGACUGAACUUCAUUUAAACAAAUUUUAAUAAAACCCAAACUGAACUUAGUUGGUUUUUAGUUUCAGUUCUGUUUGAAAUUUAGGUAUUUGAGUUAAAAUAUUGAACACUCUAAGUGUAGUUAAAUUUCAAACACUUUCGAACCAUCUCUAUUUUUUUUUUUGUUUACAUAAAUAUAAUUAUAAUUAUUAAUAAAUACUUUUAAAGAUAACACUUUUGAAAGAUGUCCUUGAAGCUUGGAAAAACGAAGUUGAAAAAAAGCCACCUGCUAUGUCUGUAGACGAUGCAUAUGUAGCUUUAGGUUUAGAGCGAGGAUUUCAUUAUGAUGAAGCCACUACAAGAAAAGCAUAUUAUAAACUUGCCCAAGCUAAUCAUCCGGAUAAAAAUCCCAAAGGACGUGUAAGUAACAAUAAUAAUUUAGUUGCAUACAAUUUUGCUAUGCUUUUUUCUCUUUUCAAAAUUUCUGAUUUAUAUUAUAUUUUCUUGGAAUAUUUUCUGAAAUAUUUAUGUGGAUAAAGUUAUUUUGGCUCUUCAUACUAAUUUAUAUCAUUAAUUAAUAGUUGUAAAAAAAAAAACUAAUCAUAUUUUUUUUAUAACUGCUUAAAUGUUGAUGAAAAUGUAAACAAAUUUAAUUAGCAAUGUUCUAUCAAUGUGUACAGAUAUAAAUUAAAUGACUAUAAUAUUGUUAAUAUUAUUACUGUGGCAAUAACUUUGGGAUUAUUGAACAAGUUAAUUUGCCUUUCUUGGAACUGUGUUAAAUAAUUAUUAUAUUUCCAACGGUACUCAAGAUUUUCCAGACAUUCUUAAACAAAUGUAAAUUCUCAAACAUUAUUGUCGUAAUAUUAUUAAGACAAUAAUUUUUAUUAUUAUUUGAGGAUUUUUUUUACACAAUCAAUAAUGAAUUGUUUAUGCCUUUUGUCAUUGUUCUUUAUUCGUUUAAAACUAACAAAACUACUGUAAAUUCUAUGUGGUAACAAUAACCUUCUCUUUAUACUUAAUAUUUAUAUGGCUAAUAUUACAUAAAUAUUAAUUCUUAGAGGUUUUUAUGGGAAAAACCUUUUUUCUCCCAUCAUCAUACUUAAUUAAAUCAAUAAAUAAAGUUCAUUAAUUUGGGGUAUGGGAUUUAAUACUUGGAUUUAAAUAUUAAACAUUUGUGUAUCAAGUUUUUAAUUUAUUAUUAAGAGUACAGUAUACUUGUAUUCACUGCCCAAUCCAACUUAUGGGCAAUAUAUCAAAAUUACAUUUCUUAGAAUUUAAAUUAUGGUAUUAAUGUGAAAAUUAGAGUUAAAAUACAUUUAACAACUUUUAAAAAAGAGAAUAUUUCUUAGGACUGUGGUAUGUUUAUAACAAAUUACAAUAUAAAAAGUUAAUUUUUAGUUAUUUUUUAAAAUAACCAACCUUUUUAUAUAAUCAUUUAAAAAAAAUUCUAUAGACCUUGGAAAUAUUCUCCUCUUUAAAUUUUUUAAUUUAUGUUUCAACCUAAACACCAGAUUAUGUUUUAAAGUACAUAAUUUUGCUAUGUUACUCGUGUGUUAAAAGACUAUUAAAUGCAAGUAUAGCAUCCUCUUAAGUUUAAGACUAACAAUUUUUUUUUCCCCAAUUAUCGAAUAUUUCUAUUGCCUUAAAAAUUGAUUUUUCCAGAUUAUUCAAUUAUUUGUUGCGCAACAUAAUCGCGCAGCUCCACUCUUAAUGAAUAAAAUAUGUAUUUGAUUAUCUAAUGUAAUAAUAAUUUUUAAUAAUUUAGAAGAAAUACAUACUCUAAAAUUAUUAAAUUAUGUUAUAUGAACAUAGUUUCUAAAAUAAAUAAUUAUAAUCAUUGUGUCUUACAUAGAACAUAAAAUUGUAUUCAAUUUUUCUUUUUAGGAAAUAUUUGUUGCAGCAAAUAGAGCAUAUGAUUUUCUUUGUAGUAGAAGUCUAUGGGUACAUGAUGGUCCCAAUCCUAAUAAUAUUCUUCUGAUACUUCAAACCCAAAGUAUUCUAUUUCAUCGUUACUCCAAAGGUUAGUUUAUUAUUAAUAUUAUUUUAAUUUUUUUUUUUUUUUUUUCAAUAGAAGUAUUAUUGUUUAAUUUCUUUAGAUCUUGAACCUUAUAAGUAUGCUGGAUACAAACAAUUAGUGAAGACUAUACGAUUAGAAGCAAGUGAUGAACAAUUGUUUUCUAAAGGUAACAUGUUGCUUGCAGCUGCUAGUGAGCUAACAUACCACACAGUAAAUUGUUCAGCAUUAAAUGCAGAAGAGCUUAACCGGGAACAAGGAUUUAUUGUUAGUAUAAUAUGUAUUUUACAUGUUGUUAAUUUUAAAUUUUUUAUGGGGUAAUUGUCCAGAGAAUAUAUUUAAAAAAUGUAAAUAUUUACCAGGUAUUUAUUUCUAUGAUAUAAUAGUAUAUAAUUCAUUGGGAUAAAAAAAAUGUAAAUCCCAUUACUAUGUUAUGUUAUAAGUUUAGUUAUUAUAACUACUACUGUUAUGUAACAACAUUAUAAUAUUUAAUUUAUUGAUCUAAAGUAUACUUAGAAAUUAGCUUAAAAGGCUGAAAUGUAAUUAAAAAAUAACAUUAAAUAUUAAUUACUAAUCAACAAUAUAUAUUUGACGAAGUGAAGUUAUUUAAUGUGAUUAUAAUUUUUUUUUUCUCUUUUAGGAUUUACUCGGAGCUUAUUCUAGAUGUGUCUCUGUGUUGAAUAAAUCAUCAGAACAGUUAGAAAUGUCCGUAUCAGUUUGUACAUACUGCACUCGUUGUUUUAAAGUAGCGUCUCAAUUCCCUAUGUGUCGUGAAACAUUCUCUCAAAUUCCUCAAUUAGUGAAUGAUAUCACUAGAAUAUUAUAUUUCAAGGUAUUUUACAUUUUAUGAAAAACAUAGUAAAGAUUUAUAACUUAAAUUAAGUUUAUAAUUUCAGUAAUUAAUUGAUUUGGUUUUUUGUGCUACAGUGAACAUUAUUUAUAAUAGUAUUCAAAAAAUAAUAAUGAACACAUAAAUAUAUUCUUACUAUAUCUUAUUCCGUCAACAUUCGUAGUUUUAUAAUGUACAAUUUAAUAUUAAUUUACGUGUGAUUGUAAUACAACCGUGUUAUUUUAUAGAACUUGCCAAAAUUAUGUUGUGAUGCUGUAGAUUGUAUUUCUGCAAUGGCUUCUGAUUCUAAUCUUCAAAUGAAUUUUCUACAAAAAGGUGCAAUUUGGCAUUUGUUAAUGUAUAUGUUUUCAUACGAUUAUACAUUAGAAGAAUGUGGAGUUGAACGAUCAGAAGAAGCUAAUAAUCAGGUAAAAUAAUUUGAAUAUGUUUAUAUAUUUUUUAAUAUUAAAAUCAAUAUUUAAAUCAUUUUUUAGGAAGUACUCAAUAGAUUAGCUAAAUUAUCAGUAAAAGCAUGUGCUAGGUUAGGUGGUUAUUAUGAAGGUGAUUUGUCUACUCCCGAAAACAAAGUUGCAAAAACUUUGUUUGAAAAACUUCUUACACCAUAUGUUGCUGAACAGCUCUCUGAAGAAAAUCCACAUCAAGUAAUUUUGUUCCUAUACUAUUUGAAUUCAUUUUAUUUACAUUAAAUAUAUACUUUUAGUUACUAAAAAUACUUGGCAGUAAUUGUGAGACACCUUACAUGGUCUGGGAUAACAGUACAAGAGCUGAAUUAAGUGAAUUUUUGGAUAAUAUGUGUAAUCAAAAAGAAUGUGUUAACUUGGAAACAAUUGGAUUAACAUUUUCUAGUCAUAGAAAUGAAUUAAUAGUUGGCAAUAUAUUUAUAAGAGUAUUCAAUGAACAGCCUCACUAUACAAUCAAAGUAAAGAAAUAAUUUUAAGAAAUUUUAAUUUAAUUGUUUCAAUAUAUUUAUUUAAAUUAAUGAUAUAUUAUACUUUUAUAGAAUCCUCAAGGAUUUUUGUUGGAUCUCUUAGGAUACAUAAAAGCCAAUAAUCCCUUAAAUAAUAUUUUAGAUGAGAAACGUGUUAAUAGUUUUAUUAUGGUAUUAAAUGCACUUAAUAAUUUAAUUCUAAAUAACCCCGGUAAGUAAACACCUAAACAGAUUUGUUUCUAAGACUAUUCUUAAUUAUAAUUUGUCAUGUUAUAAUAGGUCUUGAAGUUAGUUGCAUUGGUCAUUUUGAUUUACUGUUCAGCCUAUUGCGCAUUGAAACUAUUCGAGUAGUGCAGCAUUGUGCUUUGAAUAUAAUUCUAACUGUGACUAAAAACAAUGAAUGUAUCACAGAUAUUGCUAAUAAUGGAGUAAUUAUUUAUGUUUUACUUUGUUUAUACUCAACACCAUCAGACCGAAUGAUGAUUUUAGACAUUCUAAUCACAUUAUCAACGUCCUCAACAAUUGUAAAAGACAUAUUAAAAAAAGGAGGACAUUUGUUUGCUGUUGAUUUGUUAUGCAAUGGUGAUAACACUGAUAACGAAUCUGGUCUAAGAGAUAAAAGCGCAAUAUUUUUGAGCCGUUUAAUGACUGAAAAAUUAAGUGGCCCAAGAUUGCGUUUAGCGUUAGGACAAAUUUUACCAUUAGCUAUUGUAGAUACAAUGCGAGAUUUACCAUCAUCAACUGUUCGGUUAUUGGAUAAUGAUCAAGAAAAUCCAGAAUUAGUUUGGAAUGAAAAAUGUAGAAAACAUAUUUUUUUAAAUAUCAACAAGAUCUCUAGAGAGUAAGAAUAAUUCUACAUAUUAUCUUACUUACAUAUUAUACAUUUGGUGGUAGGAAAUAUAUCUAAGCACUCUAAAAUAUAAAUUAAUUGAACUAGUAAUUUUUUUUUUGUCUGAAUAUUUAAAUGAUUAAAGUUUAAGGUUCAAUUUUGUAAUAAAAUUUUAAUAAAAUUUUUAACCGAAUUCUGUUCAGAAUCGAUUGAUCUUACCUUUCCAACUACCCACCUACAACACUAAUACAAAGUCUCAAUAAAUUUCAUCUUAUAACUUAUAACGCGAUUGAUUAACAGUACAUUGGUAGUACUUUGGAAGCAUAAUAUUUUCAAUGUAUCUUUUGUUUUCUCAAAUAGAAAAAUUAAAAAGUACAGUAAAUUUACUUUACAAAGUAAACCAUUUUAAAAUAAUACUGGCUUUUCUAUAACAGUAACUCACGCAAGAUGCUAGCUUGUUUAAGUAAUAUUAUAAAAAGAGAUAGAUAUACUUUGUAUGUGGGUGGGCUACUGUUGCAGGUAAGAAGUAGGAUGGUAGAGGAGAAAUUUAAUGUAAAUUUGAAUGCAACGAUUAACCAUUGCUAACGAAAAAUGAUUCUGAGCAAAUAUCACAUUUUAGCAAAAUAAUGACAUAUGUAUUAUAUAUUUUCUUUAAUAUCUUUUUAAUUUGUAAAUAUUUUCCCAUUUUUUCUGGAGUUUUCUCAUUUAUUUGAAAAAUCAAAAAAUUACAUUCAUAAAGUAUCACCCCAGUUAGAUUUUCUUUCCGGAACAAUGUUAUUAUUGUAAAUCAGAGCAAAAUUGCUGGUGGAAAAAAUGUUCACAGAAAAAAAAAGUUAUCUAUGUAAUAAUAUUUUGGACAAAAUGUAAUACCUUGUACUAAAUUAUAAUAUCUAUAUAUCAUUAUUUAUUCUGUUAAUUAUAAUAAUUAUUUCUAUUUUUGUAGGCAUUACAUGACACUUCGGAAAAAUCCUAUCGGCGUUACCAAGUUACCAGAUACUAGUUUACUCAUGGCAUCACCUUCAAACGAAACAAUUGUUGCUGGGGUUUAUUUGAGAUUAUUUAAUAACAAUCCUGGUUGGAAUGUUAGGAAACCAAAAGAAUUUUUAUCUGAACUUUUAGACACUUGUAUUAGUUCCAUGACAAAAGAAAAGGUUUGUUUUACUAAAAUAUGGCUUAAAAAAAAAAAAAAAAUUAUUUUAAAUUUCAAAUUUUCAACUAUACAUUUAAUUAUUUCAGAAUGAUAGAUUAGAGAUUGUAACAACUUCAAUUGUUAAGUUAUUAGAAGCACAGCCUCAUCUUUGUGACCAAAUUCCAGCAUUAGGUCAUAUUCCUAGGCUUUGUUUCCAGUUAUCAUUGUUAUCCAAUCCUGAUGUGCCAAAAUCUGUGCUUAUGAUAUUACAUCAAUUAUCACUUAAUGAGGUAAUUAUUAAUACUCUACACAAGUUAAUACAUGUGUUGAACUUAAUAUGUUCAAAAUAUAUCUGAUUUUUUUAUGAAAAUAUAUUUACCUACUUACGACACCUUUAAUCCUAAUCCCCUUCUAAGUACUCUCCAGUUUCACUAUCUGAUAUAUGAAGUUUCAACAAGAGCAGGAUACUUAUACAUAUAAUUAUAUAUAUACUACCUAAUAAUUUUAUAAACCUGUAUUUUAUAUAGUAAAAAUAACAUAUUAUUGCAGAUUAAUUUUUUAUAAACUAUGAUUUUUAUUAUUUUUUUUAUGUUGUAUGUUAUAAUCAUUUAUCUCACUAAUUAAUGAAUGAUAAAUAUUUUAUUCUAUUUAAUUAUUCAAUAAUCAAUUAUCUAUGUAUUGUAUUUUGUGUCCCCUCUACCUGUGAAAUUUCAGUAAUUUGACUAAUUAAUUAUAUUACAAUUAAUUAGAUAUGUGUGGGGUGUAUAUCACAAAUUGAGUGUAUUGGUCCAAUAAAAAAAGCAAUGCAAGCAAAUUCGAGUUUAGUUUAUGUCUCAUCUGAAACUCUUAGUAGAAUGUUUGCUGCCAAAAAAGAUCACCUUGUAAAACAGGUAUAAAAUAUAAUUUAUAAAAUCCAACUAUUUACUGAUAAUUUAAAUUUUAUUGUAAUUUAGGCAUUAGACACAGACUUAAUAUCAUUUUUAGUGGGGUUGCUUGACGGUCGAUUAGAUGGUGUUGAGGGUAGCGCUAGAGCUAAAGCACAAAUUGUAAAAGCAUUAAAAACUAUGUCUCUGAGUUUGUCAUACGGUGGUUUGGUCCAAGCACAAUUAGAUAAGCUUCCGGCAUGGUCUGCUUACAAGGAUCAAAAUCAUGAUUUAUUUAUAUCAAGUGCACCUUCUAUGCCUUAUUUAAUGGGUAUGUUAAACUUUUAAUUAAAAAUAAACUGGUCUACAUUGUAUGUUACUUUAUUUCAGGUGUUCAAAGUACUGGUGGCUAUUUAACAGAGGGCCGAUCAAACUCAACAACAAGUAAUGUACCUCCCCCAUUAAUUAAAAAAGACUAUUCUCCCUAUUAA